AUGAAAGAAACAAAUGGCUGGCAAUACCUUAAUACAUUAUUUUCUCUUCCUCUUUCUUUCGUUUUCCUUAUUCCAGCAUCAAAUGGGGCAUACAAUGUUAUGAACUUUGGGGCAAAAGCAGAUGGCAAAACUGAUUCUACACAGGCAUUUCUUAGGGCAUGGUCCUCUGCAUGUAGGUCAACAAGGGUAGCCACCGUUUAUGUUCCUAAAGGGAAUUUCUUGGUGAAACCAAUAGUAUUUAGCGGUCCAUGCAAAAGUAAAAUCUUGUUUUGGAUUGAUGGGAGGAUUUUAGCACCAACAAAUUAUUGGAGUUUUGGGAGUUCUGGAUUUUGGAUAUUGUUUUAUAAGGUUAGUGGGGUUGAUAUCUAUGGUGGCACUAUUGAUGCUAGGGGAGGUGGCUUUUGGGCUUGCAGGAAAGCUGGAAACGUUUGUCCUCCUGGAGCUAGGUCCAUAUCAUUUGUGGCGUCAAGAAACAUUGAUGUUAAAGGAUUGAGUUCAAUCAACAGCCAAAUGUUUCACAUAGCCAUUAGCCAUUGCCACAACAUUAUGCUUCAAAACGUCAAGAUUAGAGCCCCAAGUUUAAGUCCCAACACCGAUGGGAUCCACAUGCAAUCUUCUACUGGGAUUACCAUUACAGACAGCUCCUUUAAGACUGGAGAUGAUUGUAUUUCUAUAGGUCCAGGCUCCAACAACAUUUGGAUUCAACGCAUUGCCUGUGGCCCUGGACAUGGAAUCAGUAUUGGAAGUCUAGCUGCACAUACCAGAGAAGGUGGUGUCCAAAACGUGACAGUAACAGGUGUCGUAUUCACAGGCACUCAAAAUGGAGUCAGAAUCAAAUCAUGGGGUAGACCCAGCUCUGGAUUUGCUAAAGACAUUGUUUUCCAAAACAUCAUAAUGAAAAAUACCUAUAAUCCAAUCAUCAUCGAUCAGGAAUAUUGCCCAAGUGGCCAUGGUUGCCCUAACCAGAGUUCUGGAGUGAAGAUAAGUGGGGUGACGUACAAGAGGAUAAGGGGAACAUCAGCCACAAAAGUAGCAAUGAAUUUUAUAUGCAGUUCAAGUGAUCCAUGCACAGGAAUCAAAUUGCAUGACAUUAAGUUGACAUAUUUUAAUACAGCUAAUGCGACAUCGUCUUGUACUAAUGCACAUGGGAGCAAUGCAGGCUUCGUUAUUCCUGCAAGUUGUUUCUAAGGUAGAACCAGGGGCGGAGCUUGAACCUUGGCAUUAGUAAACUUUUAAAAGAGAAAACGGCAAUUGCUCCUCUCCUCUAACACAUAGCUCCGCCCUGAGAAUUCUUUAAUUAGUUGCGUAAAUAUAUGUAAAUACACUUGUUUAUUCUGGGAACAAUAAAUGGUGGAAAUGUAAUUUUAAAAACUCUUAUGGUUUUACUAUAAAAUUGUUGGGCAAAAUAAAGAAUAUUCUAAUAGUGAUAUGACAUUUUCUCGUACUUAAUUAAUUUAAUUAUAUUCUUUCAAACAUCGACUCUCUUGUAAUGUUGAAAAUUUUUAUUUCAUUAAUUGAUUCAUACUUUAUAUAUAGUAUAUCAUUUUCUUUCACAUUAUAGUGUUUCCUUACUUUAGAUGCCAAAAUUAUAUUUUCCUUAAUUUGGAUGCCAAAAAGUGUCGUACAUUGAUAAAGACAGUCUAUGAUAACAAAAAUAACAAGAAAAACAUAGUCAUUUAACAGCAUUCCAUGAAAAUUGACCACAUAGAGGCUCGCUAAAUCCUCGUCUAAAAUGCUUAAACAAACAA